AUGUUCACUGUUUAUUUUAUUGGUAGUCAGCUGAUUCAUAGAAAUAAAUAGCAAUAAAGACCUAUCUAUAAUAAAGACCUACCGGACAUGCGCGUAUAGUUGCAUCAUAUUCACAUUUAGAUUCACAUUCAGCGGACCUACCUGCCUAGAAACAACAUAGAAAUAGGGACUUUUGAUAUUCCCAUGAGCUGCAAUUGUCAAUUUAUAAUCAAAAUGCACCCAUAAUGGCUGAUGUUGAAGAAUCGAAGGAAGUGAAUCAUGGAACUAUUGAUAAAGAGGACGAGUUGACCCAAGAUGAGUAUCAGCUGAAGAAAAGACUGCCAAGAAAACUUCCUAGAAGGUCUAAUGAUGUAUAUGUAAACAAAAAGUCAAAUUUUAAGGCUCAGCUUGUGCGCUGUGAACGACUUUUUGAAAAAGGCUACACCGAAAUAUUUAUUCAUGGGAUGGGUGCGGCGAGCCCGCGCGCCAUCAACCUAGCGCUGCAGCUGAACAUAAACCACCGAAACACGCUCUCGGUGGCGACCAACACGUCCACGCAGCGCGUGGUGGACGACCUGGUGGCGCGCGACGAGCAGCGGCCGGCGCGCACGCAGACGCGCAGUGUCAGCGCCAUCCACAUCCGGCUGGCCAAGACCGUGCUGGCCUGAGCGGCACGGCAGGUGGUGGUGGUGUGCCGCAGACUGCGAACCGGUGAACUGCUGACAGGGAUAACGAGCACAUUCGAGACGGCUCGGACGUCCGAUCGCAGAGACAACACGGUUGGUGUUAUUUCCGGCUGUGUGACUGUGCGUGGGAGCGCUAUCGUGAUUCGUAGGAAACGGGACACUGACUCGGACUCGUGCCGUCGUUGGCAAUGAUCCUCUCAGUGAAGGAGCUGACGCAGUGGCUGGGACUCACGCCGUUCGAGAUCUGGCUGCAGCUGGCGGCCGCGCUCGUCUUCACCAUCCUGAUGAUGCUGCGUGACCUGUUCCCGGGAGCAAUCACCUGCUGGCACGCCAUGACGCCCUUCUUUGUCAGCGACGCACUCUCGGCCUACGUGUGCGUCAUCAUGCUGAUACGCACCUACAUCGACGGCUGGCACAAGCCCGCCGCCAUGCGCGCCCUCUGGAGCUUUUUCGUCCUAUCGCUGAUGUUCACCUUCAAGUACCUGCUGGUGCGCAAGCUGACCGACAACAUCGGCUUCGAGUACUCUGAGGUGAUGGCUCCGCUGUUUGUCAUCCUGAACAUGGUGAUGGUGCGCGCCUGCCAGCUCUGACGUCAGCGGGGGCCGCCGGGACUGCUGGCGUCUACGGUGUCUGUGAGAGCGCCGGCGAGCGCGACUCCUACAGGUGCAGGGCGCGAUUGGACGCAUUGGAUUCGCGAGGGGCGAGCGUCAGCCGUGACCGUUCGUCGAUGUGCGGCGUCUGGUCUGCUGGGCGAUAGUGCUGUCUCCUGGUGGCGCACACAGCGAUAUAUGCAGGCUAAUAUAUCUGCAGAACAUG